GCUACCUCUAUGAACCUGCUACCCAGUGAGCAUUUCUGCUGCCUGCCCAGUUCUGUCCCAAGAGGACAGGGGACAAAACUACCUCCCUGUCUUGAGUAGAGUGCCCUUCUGUAUAGAUCAGGGCCCCUCCAUCCCGCCCCAUCAUCAUUGAGACUUGAUCCUCAUUUUGUUUUAUUUCAGCUUCAAACUGUUCCAAGCCUCAUCUAUGCCAGCCAAAUAUGUGGAAGACAAAGACAAGAUGCUGUCUCGGACACUGCAGCUGGUAGAGCUAGCCAAUGAAACAUGGCUGGUGACUGGUCGGCAUCCUUUGCCUAUCAUCACUGCAGCCGCUUUUCUAGCAUGGCAGUCUCUGCAGCCUUCACAUCGGCUAACGUGUUCCCUUGCCCGAUUUUGUAAACUGGCAAAUGUGGACCUGCCCUACCCUGCUGCCUCCCGCUUGCAGGAACUGCUGGCCGUGCUGCUGCAGAUGGCUGAGCAGCUGGCCUGGUUGCAGAUUCUGAAACUUGACAAGCGAUCUGUGGUUAAGCACAUUGAUGACCUUCUCCAGCACCGACACCUGCUAAUCCGCAUGGCCUUUCGAGAUGGGACAGCAGAAGUGGAGUCCCAGGAGGAGCUUCAGGGACAACAGCAAGAACAGGAAGAAGUGGAGGACAAUUCCUUAGAUAAGCCCAAAGGGAAGCGACCCGCCAGUCCUGCCCUUCUCCUCCCACCCUGCAUGUUGAAGCCCCCAAAACGGAUCCAUAGCACAUCCCCUGUCUCCACAGUGACUGGAGAUGAAAACAUUUCUGAUAGUGAGAUAGAGCAAUACUUGCGGACCCCUCAGGAAGUAAGGGACUUUCAGAGAGCUCAAGCUGCUAGCCAGGCUGCCCCUAACCCUCCUUGAUGCUCUCCAUUUGGGGGUACUUUGUCUUGUUGUGAGCAGCAUGAUAAUAGGCCUGUCAUGGCACAGGAAGUAAGUGGACUUGAAUAGUAUCUUGUUUGAAGGAACCAAGGGGAUCCAGUCAGCUGGUCCUGAGGUCCUGGAGUAGGAGCUGGGAGGAACAAGUUACAAAUGUUUUACAUUCUGUGGGAUGGUUUUUCCCCUAAAACACUUACGGAAAAUGCCAGACUCUGCUGCCUCAGUUUGAAUUCUUCACUGCUCUUGUGGAGCAGCUGGCAUUCCCAGUGGUACCAACCUUCGGAGAAGCAGUAGCUGGGGAAAUCUUGGCUCUGUGUCCAUUCUAGGCACCACAUGUAUGGUGUUAAAAGAUCCUCUAUCUCAUUAAGAAAUGACUGUGGGUGGAUUGCAGCUAUAACUCAAAAGGGCUUUGCAAAACUUUAAUAUAUUAAAACAAGAGGCAUCUUCUAGAAAACAUUUCUAUUGUAUAAAACCCAAGCUUUUUAAAAACAUGUUUUCUUUGGCACUUUUCAUUCCCUCCCUCCCCUUUCCCCAGCGUAUUGCAAAAAGCUCUCCAGUGCUAAGGCAUAGGCAGGGUAUGUAAACAGCAGCCAGCAUAUGUGGAAGAAUAAUACAAAGCUUUUUUUCUUCUAAUGUCGUCUGUGCAGCAAGCAUAAAUAACAGGGCUGAUCUCGAAGAACAUGGUCUCUCCCCUCCCUGCAGUCCUCUUCCACCUGACCACAUGAGGGUGACAUGAAGAUUGAGAGGGACCUGGGCCAGACUUGGGCUCCCCGUUGCUCUUCAGAGGCCCAAGGUUCCCUGUACUUCCAUAUAGCCCUAUAGUGAAAGUCUGGUGAUUGCUUUUAGAUAGGGGAAAAUACUGGUUGGUGCUGGGGUUUUAGAGUAGUGAAGACAGAGGCCUCUUGGUGAGCAGCAGGAACCCUAGCUGUUGGCCUAGGGCUUAGCUUGGGCUCUAUGAGCUGGAAGUCUGGUUUGACACGUUGACAUUUUCUCCCUACAGUGGAGUUAGAUUAUAGGGUUGCUUCUAUAUGGCCUCAUGGAGGCAAGGAGGUGCUCUUCCUUGGUCCCUUGGGAGUUGGGAGGCUGACACCAAAUGGCAGAUGGCUCUUAAAAUUGAGCAUUUAAGUGCCUUUCCAAACACUAGCUGCCAUUAGGGUAGAGCCACUCUUCCAGAACGUUGUUUUCAGGUACUGCCCAGAUCCAAGUCCCAGCUCCUUCAGCUUGUCAGGCACCUGGCUAGGCAGCUUCUCAGGUGUGGGUUUGGGCUUUGUCGUGAGGCCCCUCUCAGUUGCAAGGAAGGUGUUUGUCCCGCUUCCCGGGAGUGGUGCCCUUAACUGCGCCCUUCCCACAGGACCAGUUCUCCGGAGCUGCCUCUCGUCCGCCCCACUCUCCUUGCAUGGUUAAUCUGAAAAGCAGCACCUGUUACUCCCCUGGGCCUGACACCUGGCUCACCUGC